GAAGAGGCUAACACUUUUUUUUUGUGUGUCUAUCGGUUCCUACAAUUCGCGACGGCAAAGUAUUCCUCCCUGUUUAGCCAAGUUCCUUCCAUCUCGAGAUUUCCGCGUCCGAAAAUAGACCGCGGCCCGCGGAGAAAGCAGUGCAAUAUCCGCUCAAGAGUGUAACCUGCGACGCAUCCAGGGCAGAUUUCUGAUUUCUGCUUUCUGUCUGAUGUAGUGUAUCUAAACAUCGAGAAAAGGUCACACCAAUACACGACCAGCGCCAGGCAGAGUCAAUCCGAGAAGAAGGAAUAUUACAAAUAGUAAUAAUUCCUUUCCAUGUCUGAUGGUCAGCGCCAGACUGGCGUUUGAAAGUGCAGUCGUCGUAAAUAUUUUCGGAUAUUUCCUCAGCCCUCGCUCGCUGAGGAGUGUGAUUUGAAUUAAUUUUGUGGGUGAAAAACGUGAGGCGCCGAGUAGUGUAGUGCGCGUACAAGAGGUUGAUGUUUUGUGUGUUUUGAUCUAUCGUCGUGACGAAAACGAUGACAAUGGUGUCCAAGUGCUGCAACUGGCUGUGUUGCAUAUAGGGGUCAGUCCCGUGCUAAGGAAGAUCAUAAUUUUACGGAUGCAUCGCGCUAUGCUGCUGUUGUGCGGUUGAAGAUCAGCUCAUAAUAGUUGCAUUGGAUGUCCCAGUAAUACAGAUAGACGGUCAGACAGACAGAGGGAGAGAGCAGCUGUGAGUAAUAACUAUUCCCAGGGGAAGUGCGACGUGCCAGAUUUGAAUCUAAAUCGCAGGAUAUGAUCCAGGCGGAGGGGAAGUGAAGCCGUGCCAAGAGAUUUGUACGUUCCGAGUAGUGAGAGAUACGCCAGGCAAGCCAACAAACAAGAAUGCGUACUAUUCUAUUCAUAGCAGCGAGUCUCGCAAUAUUUACGGUUGGAUUGGAAGCAUCGCUCAGCCGGAGCAAUACGGAAACCGGCACCGGGCUGGUCUGUGAAACGUACGAGUGCAAAGAUGGUGACUGCACGGUCGGUACCGAGGUUUGCGACGAGGGCGAGUCCGAGAAACCGAUGGGAUGUUUCGUCGUGUGGAGUACCAACAAUGUGACAAACGAAGUCAAAGUAACGAUGAAGGGUUGCUUCAGCAAUCCAAACGAGUGCAAUGGGACGGAAUGCAUCGACACGUCACUGGGGACCAAGAACAACCUGAACUACUGCUGCUGUCGGGCCAACAUGUGCAACCGAGAGCAUCGAUGGGUUCCGAAUGUGACGAAUCCGCCGGAAACGGUCAAUCCGGUGCCAAAGGAAACCAGCAAUCUGUUUCUGGUGGCAUCGGCCGUAACGGGAAUGCUGGCUCUGCUCAGUUCGAUUGUGGCGUUUGUGCUGCGCCGUCGGAAGCAGUCCAUGUUCAACGAGAUACCGACGAUUGAGCCGGAAAUCACCAGUUCUUCACCAAACAUUGCCCUGAGACCGAUUCAGUUGGUCGAUCUAAAGGCUCGGGGACGGUUCGGUGUAGUGUGGAAGGCCAAGCUGAUGUCCCAAGAGGUUGCGGUCAAGAUUUUCCCCAUGCAAGAGAAGCAAUCGUGGCUCACGGAGCAGGAGAUAUUCAAGCUACCUCGUAUGAACCACCCGAACAUCCUUCAGUUCAUCGGUUGCGAGAAGCGCGUUGAACUGAACAACACGGACUUUUGGUUAAUCACGGCCUAUUGCAGUCACGGGUCGCUGUGUGACUAUCUGAAGUCGCAUACCGUUACGUGGCAGGAGCUGUGUCGCAUCGCCGAGACCAUGUCCCGAGGCUUGAUGCAUCUGCAUGAGGAAAUUCAGAGCAGCAAAACGGAAGGACUGAAGCCGUCGAUUGCCCAUCGCGAUUUCAAGAGCAAGAACGUGCUACUGAAGGACGAUCUGACGGCGUGCAUUGCUGAUUUUGGACUGGCACUGAUCUUCACACCAGGUAAACCAUGCGGAGACACUCACGGUCAGGUCGGAACUCGCCGCUACAUGGCACCGGAAAUUCUGGAAGGGGCUAUCAACUUCACCCGGGACGCGUUUCUGCGGAUCGACGUGUAUGCGUGCGGUUUGGCCCUGUGGGAGCUGGUUUCGCGUUGCACGGUACACGGUGGCAUAGUGGAUGAGUAUCGACUACCGUUCGAGGCCGAACUUGGCUCCCAUCCGACGUUGGAGGAGAUGCAGGAAAAUGUUGUCACGAAGAAGCUUCGACCGCGGAUCUACGAUCACUGGAGGAAUCAUAAUGGUCUCAACGCGCUGUGCGACACGAUGGAGGAAUGCUGGGACCACGACGCCGAGGCACGCCUCUCGUCGUCCUGCGUAAUGGAACGGGUAUCGCAGCACAGCCGGUACCAGGUCAUCACACCGCUGCUGAUCGAAACCAACACUACAAAUGACCUGCCACCGAAGGUUGCUUCGGAAAGCGUAUAAACACGUAGAGUACCAAAACGAUUCAUCAAACAACAUUAAAAGCAACAACAACAACAACAAAAACAGAGAUUUAACUACCACUCCCUCGUUUCUACCCCUGAAAAUCCCUUCCCAUAUUGUGGCGCUUCGCUGUCACAUGUCUUCUUUUCUUUCUUUUUGUUUUUCGUCAUAUGCAAGCAUAUGCGACCAGAAGGGAUCGUCCAAUUUUACUUUAAUUUCAACUCUAGAUAUUUAAGAGCAAAACAAAUAUCACGUAGCAAGUAGGUAAGGAACCCCCCGUUUCGGACUUACGGAUUCAUCAGACGAACCGAACGAACUUGAUGUUCAGGGAUUUUACAAAACUAAAAUAACAAUCGAUGGUAGUGUUCUAUAAGGCAAGCAAUAUAUAGUGGAAAGAGUGCAGCUUUAGCGUGAAUUAAACAACAUGUCUAGGAAUGUCAUGAGAGGCCUUUUCCGGUUGCAAGCGACCGGUAAAAAAAAUUACGGAAAAUAAACCUGGUUUGACUGAUGAUCUAUGUUUGGACUGGGCUGGAGAGCCGCGGCGGCCAUCCUGAGGAUGGCUUUGCGAGAGAAUCAAAAUAAAUGAAAAUUAAUUAAGCUACCUAACUGUUUAUCGGAAACAACGGAAAACAAGUCUCAGUGAGUUAACCCUGGUGGUGCCCAAUGCCAAGGGGUUAUAGUUUUAUAUAAUUUCAUCUUUUAUGUCGUAGAAUUUGUAUUCAUUCGUUUGAUGAAUAUAGGGUAUAUCUUCAAUCGUCGUUGAACGCUCCCAUACUCCAAGGGAGGAGAAAUCACUGUGUAAGGUAACAGCUCCAUUGCGGCGGUGAGUCGUCGCGGAAAAAUAAGAUAUAUUUUUAUAACAAUUUUCCUCCAAUAUUGUACUUGUAUGCCAUGUUUAGUUCAAUAAAGGUUAAUCUAAUUAGAGUUAGU